AUGGAAACAAGAGUAACUGCUCAGAAGAAUGCAUCCCUUACGAGACCAGUUUCAGGCCAGGAGAUUAAAGAAGCAGUCUACUCUAUAGGUCCAGAUAAAGCGCCGGGAAUUGAUGGAUAUACAGCUUCUUUCUAUCGACAAUUUUGGGAAGAGAUUGGUCCAGAUGUCACGUUAUUGAUAAACAAGUUCUUUGAAACAGGGGUGAUGGAGCCUGGGAUCAAUCAUACACAGCUUUUCUUAAUACCAAAAACAACGGACGCAGAAAGAGUAUCUGAUGAUAGACUAAUCAGCCUCUACACGGCUGCGUUUGUACCAGGGAGGAAUAUCACUGACAACGUCUUGGUAGCUCAUGAGCUCAUGCAUGCUUUAAAAUCAAAGAAGGACUGUGCAGAACAGUACAUUACCAUCAAGACAGACAUUAGCAAAGCAUACGAUCGUGUAGAAUGGGAUUUCUUGGAAGAAGUCAUGAAGAAAAUGGGAUUUGAUGACAAAUGGAUUGGUUGGAUAAUGGCUUGUGUGAGCGCCAAGGUCAAGGAGUAUGGACCUAAGCUUGAACCUGAUGGAGUUAAGGACUUAGAGCUUGAACCAGUGGAGCAGCUUGAACGUGAGGGAAGUAAGCUUGUAGCUGAGGAUGAGCUUGAACCGGAGCUUGUAGCUGAGGAAGCUUUAGCUGCACCAAUGGAAUUGGUUACUCAUUCAGAGUUAAUCUUGAGCUAA